AUGCUUGCAAGAAAAAGAAGAUCUUGUUGCGAGCCGCAGAGACCUGACAAAAAAGUCUGCGCAGACCCACCCGCAACACGUCGCCGCCGCACAACCACGCUACCUGCUACUUUCCCAGGACUUUUCCUGGUCCAUCCAAGUCCUUAUGGAUCUCUUCUUCAACCUCUUACAGAAUGGCCCAUAACUCAUGUUCUUGCCUUAGUUCUAGUGGGUCCCGGGCCAGACCCUCACGUGCAAGAAACCUUACGAGUGUGCGCUGCCAACCCAUGGCUACAACAACAUGUGGCCAUUGUCCGGUACUGCCGUCCGGAAAAAGUCACGGCCCAAACAAAUCCCUACGAUGGGCUGACGCUGGUGCUGGAUACAUACGGAGAGCUUGUUGCAGCAGUGGGCGCAAGAGACCCGUUAGGUGGGGGGUGUCAUGCACUCAAUAGCGUUGCAGUAGUGGUGGAUGGGAGGCCGGAGCAGUUGCACUUGGGCCAUUUAGGACUUGACAUUGAGGGUAUCCUGUUUAAACUGCACAAUUACAUAAAGACAUGA